GACGGUCUUCUCCGUAUCUCCUCAUUUUUCAUAUACACCUCUUAAUCUUGUCAUUCCACGGCAAGAGUUUUUUUUCUCUCUUCUUGCUGGUGAAGCAGCGGUAGAGGAAGAUUGAAAAGGCAAACGGAGACCCACAAUCAUGCUUCGUCGUGGAUCGAAUACGUGGCAGGCAGUACUCGUCGCGGUUGUGGCGGCGAUGCUGCUGGCCGUCGGCGUCCACGCACAGAGCGCGGUCCCGCGGUGUGACCAGGAUGCCAUGACAUUCGAGGCCCAGGUCGACACCUCCUCCCUCGGGCUGCUGACCUACCAUGGACUGAACUUCUGCCAGACGGACGUCGACGCCUCUCUGGAGGUGGUGAAGGACGUGGCGAGCCCAAACACCGUCGUGACGCUGGACGAGUGGACGUUCGUUGUCGGCAUCAACAGCGUCACGCCCGCCGUCUUCACCCUCAACGCUCUGUGCGGCACCACGGUGGUGUGUCAAGCGGAGUUGACCUACGUCGUCCCUUAUGUGGCCCCAUCGUCGUCCCACGCUGAAAGCGGCAGCAGCAGCGUUCCCGUCUCGCCGUACCCGACCUGCACGCAUGCCCCCAACACAGUCUCCUACAAGCCCGGUGCGACCUAUCAGCAGAAAUUACCGCUGGAGGUGACGGACGGCGAGUGCGUCUACACGGCCCAGCUGGAUCAGCCGUCCACUGGCACAGUGGCCAUGACGUCGCUGCCGCUGCAUUACACCUUCACUUCGCCGUCCACCAGCACCGGCUCGACCUCGUUCCGCUACCGCGUGGCUUGCGAUGGCGAGAUUGUCUGUCAGAGCACCCGGACCGUCACCUUCGACCCCAGCAGCACCGUCCCUGUCAUCUAUCCCAUCUGCUCCCACGCCGACAAGAACGUCACCUACACCUCCGGCACCGCGUCGAUGGGAACCUUUCCGAUGGACCUGCAAGACGCCGCCUGCGUCUACACUGCCACAAUCACGCAGCCACCGUACCUCGGCAACAUCACGCCGGCCACCGCGGGGCUGUCCUACACCUACGCGGCGCCCAGCGGUGUGACAGCCAGCAAGAGCAACACCGUCGGCUACGCGGUGCAGUGCAACGGCGCGACGGUGUGCGAAGACGCGCUGCGGGUGACGGUGGUGCCAGCACCGGAGCCGAUCUACCCAACGUGCUCGCAGUCCAACAAGACCCGCAACUACGCGACCAGUUCGACGCAGACGGACAGCUUCCCGUUGGAUGUGCAGGACAGCAGCUGUGCCUACACGACGGCCAUCUCGGGCUGGCCUUCCGUCGGCCUUAUCGUGCCCGACAGCACGGGGCUUGGCUACCUCUACGUAAUGCCGAACACCGCCGUGGUGAGCACCAUCACCCACGCAAACUAUACAGUCCAGUGCGACGGCGUCGUCGUCUGCAAGGAUCAGCUCACCGUGCGCGUGACACCGGAGGUGACCCCGACCUACCCGGUCUGCUCUCACGGCAACAAGCAACGCCGCUACCCGGUCGGCGCCACUUCGUCGGGCAGCUUUCCGAUGGACGUGCAGGACGCCAGCUGCGUCUACGCGACGAGCAUCUCCGUCGGGCCAGCGAUGGGCACGCUGACGCCGAGCGCGAGCGGGCUGGGCUACACCUACUCCGUGCCGAUUACUGCCAGCGUGGGGGCCGCGACGACGAUCGGUUACCGCGUGGCGUGCGCCGGGGCCAUCGUCUGCGCCGACACGCUUGCCGUUGUGCUGGCCCCCGCCUCCGAGACGACGACGAGCACCUCCACCGCUGCCCCGGCCACCAGCACCACCACGUCGACUACGCCGGCGCCGGGGACGCUGCCGGUGUGCUCGCACCGCACGGCGAUGCGCACCUACCGCAUUGGGGAGCUCUACCAGGACACACUGCCGCUCGAUGUGGUGGACACCGCCUGCGCCUACAGCGCCGUCAUCGCGGACCCGGCGGUGGGCACGGUGGCCAUCCUGGGCAACGCCAACCCGCUCGCCUACGUCUACCAGACGCAGAUGAACGUGUUGCCGCAGGACACGAAAAUGAGCUACACGAUCGCGUGCGACGGCACGGACGUCUGCAACGGCGCCAUAGCAAUUCGUCUCACCACAGAUGCGGAUGCCUGCCCGAACAAAGCCGUCGGCUACGUGGUGAAGCCUGGCGGCUUCAUGACAGGCACCGUCAACUCAGGUUUCACGUGCGAGUCGGGUGCCACCGCGACGUCGACGCUGCGUUCGUCGGUGGCGGGCAUGACGCUCAACACGGCCGGCGCCUUCACCUUCCAGGCCCCGAACACCGAGUUGGAUGUGCGAGCCAUCAUCUUUAUGCGCUGCGACGGGGUCGUGACCUGCCAGACGGAGGUAGUCUUCGUGGUCGCCUCCAGCACCGUCGCCCCGCCCACGACGACGACGAGCACCGUCGCCCCCAUCACGCAGUGCCCCCGGUCCUUCACGUUCGACGUCCCGACGGGUCAGUCGCUCAGCGGCAAGCUCGACCCCAUCCCAGCCACCUCAUGCAACAUCACCACCUACUUGAUCGCGAACAGCAGCAGCGACGUCAGCGGCCGUCUGCGGGUGAACCUGCUCGGUCAGUUCUUCUACACCGCGCCGAACGCGCAGGGCGUGGACUACGCUGCCGUGGACGUGUACUGCGCCAAGGCCUUUGUCUGCCGCACCCAGCUCGCUUUCACCGCCUACACGCCGCUACCGUCCGUUGGCCCGACGACGUCGCCGCUGCAGCCGUGCGCCAACGUGUACUACUACGAGGCGGCGCCCGGCGUGGCGGUCAAGACGUCGCUGAACAACAUGCCUGGGCAGGACAGAUGCCUGCAUGGCCGCUACUUUACCGUCAACACCGCCCCGCAGUCCGGCGCGCUGGAGAUGACGCCGAUCGGCGACUUUAUUUACCGCCCUCCGACGCAGGAGGGACAGUUCCAGUUCACCUUCACGAUGUACUGCCUGAACCAGCAGUACUGCGCCGGCACGGCCUACCUGCUCGUGUCGGACCAGUGGACGCUGAGCCCCGAGUCCAGCCCGACCCCAACGGGCACCGUCGGACCGGUGGUGAUCACGAACGAGCAGAUCACCUGCCAGGGUACGUGUAACGCUAACGCGUGGAAGACGUACCCGACGCCGCGUGUGUGGGAUAAUACCCCGGGCACCGGCUACGCCCGCAAGGAUGGCCGCCCGGUCGACGGCAUCUCCGUCACGUGGCGCAACAACUCUCUCGUCUUCCUCGUCUACAGCCUGAUCGGAAACCUCGGCGUGCGCUUCCCCACCUUCGAGGCCCUCACGAGCACGAAGGGCGCGUUUAUGGAGUCGCAAGACUUUGUGAGCGGCGUUGCGGCCGGCUCGCCGGGCUUUGAGAUGAGCUGCCUCGACAACCAAGGCCGCGCCGGUCUCGGCGAGGACGUGUGGAAGUGGAUGAGCCUCUCCUACGGCGCCGGCACCGGCUACGUCGGCGCGUAUUACCGCGCCGGCUCGUCGUGGUACCAGAAGUUCGGCGGCAAGCACAUUGGCUGCGACACCUUCGCCGAUCCGUGCCGCUACGCCCCGCUGCUGACGCCGGCCAACUACACGAACACCUCGCUCGGCCGAUGGUCGAUCGACGUGAACGACUGCGAUGCGACGUGGACGGGCGUCUUCCCGUACACCUCGCUGGAGAAGAUGAUGAAGCACGACGGCGCGCCGGUGUGGACCUUCGUCGCGGACCGGCAGGUGCAGGGCACGCUGUACUCCGAGGCGGUGCAGGCGAGCUCGUGGCUGGCGCCGGGCUCGUUUGAGACGCACUACGACACGCACGAUAUCCUCAUUAGUCUAAACCAAUUCGUGGCGGUGACCAAGACGGGCACGCAGGAGUCCCUCGUUUCGGUCGACGCGGAGUUCUUCACCUACGUGGAUGCCGCGACGGGCGACGAGGCUUUUGGCAUCAACAUGCUCGUCUACCCCUUCGUGGAUGACACCAUGGCGUCGAGCUACGCCCGCGACCGCCACGUCGUUGGGUUUAAAUGGGUGGAGCAGGAGUGGAUGUCGCCCGACGCGGAGCAGUGCCCGACCUGCACCGGUACGAAGAUGAAGUGCACGGUGCCGCUGGAAGGGACGGACGCGACCUACAAGGGUGCCUUCCCGGAGGGAGACUGCGGCAACGGCCAGGGACGCGUGCACCUCGUCAAGGGCCCUGCCAUGUCCGUCGACGACUGCGCCGUGAAUCAGAUGCACGUGUACAACCGCUCCGGCUUCUCAGCGACGCGCAACUGCAAGGCGACCUACCAGAACGUGACGCUGCGCGGCAUCGUCCCGGGCAGCCGCAACCUCGCCGCCGUGUUGAAGCGCGCCUUCAACUAUGAGGGCGUCAUUCAACUCAUGCUGCAGAUGGAGAAUGGCGGCUUGGAGCGGCUGAAUAUGCACCUCUCCAUGUACGUGUCGCGCCUCUCGAAGGACGCACAGCGCGUCGAGGGCGGCCUCAACACGUGCCGCAGCGGCAGUUACUGGCCGGUGCUCGACCCCCUCGGUACGUCGACCCCCGCCCACCCCUUCGGCCUCAGCGUCUCCGAGGCGACGCCGCUCUGCAUUGACGACCUCAGUUCCUCCUACGGACCGAGCGACUGGGCCCUCUUCACGAUGAACAUGCCGGGCGUGAAGCCGAGCGAGGUGACGGUGGGCAGCGUGUACGUGCUGCUGAACAACACGCGGGUGUACCUCGUCUACAAGGACCCCGCCACCGGCGUCGCCGCGAUCCCUGACGCCGCCAACGGGGCUUGGUGGCAGUACAAGUAUCCCUUCUUCGCCUUCCGCGACCUCUCCGCGCACGUGCUGAACCACAGCAUCACCUUCAGCCCGCAGAUGGCGAACUCAGCCGCGGCGGCCGACAUCGUCUACGCCUUCACCUUCAUCCCCGGCUCGCUGGGCCUCGACACGGACAUCGAAGUCGUCGUGGAGGCCGUCAUCCAACAGGCCGGCGUCCCCGCCAGCAGCACCGAGCUCCGCCGCGUGCUGCACGUCGACCCUCUGCUCACCCAGCUCAGCCGUCAGGGCCCGGUCGCGAAGCCGUCGACGCCCUCGCGCGACAACGCCCGGCGAGACUUGUACGCAAUCGGCGCGACCGCCGGUGUGGCCGUGGCGCUCGUCGUCACCGUAAUCUUUUUCAUGCUAGCGGACAACAACCGGCCGUUGCCCAAGUGGGUGCCGCGUGGCAAGCUUAUCAAGGAUACGGUGCUGUCGAUGCUGCCGGCUGGCAUUCGUGGAAAGAAGAAGCUGAAGCGUACUGUGCACAAGGACAUGUACGACGCCAUGAACUCCGGCCGCUACUGA